AUGCUUGCUCAGAGACUUGGCCUUCAAUCAGCGCGCCGCUUGGCGGUCCGCCAGCCUGCGCUCCUCUCAUCGCGCGCUCCUCAACUUCUCGCAACCACCGGCUUGACUCAGUUCAGAGGUGCCGCCUUCCAGACCGUCUCCGACAACGAGGCCUCGCAACAGAUCUUGGCCAAGCAGCGCCUGAACCGCCCCGUCUCGCCUCACUUGGGUAUCUACAAGCCUCAGAUCACCUGGUACGGCUCCGCCCUCAACCGUGUCACUGGUGUCGCCCUGUCCGGUACCUUCUACCUCUUCGGCCUCUCAUACCUGAUUGCUCCCGCCUUCGGCUGGCACGUCGAGAGCGCCAGCAUUGCCGCUGCCUUCGCCGCAUGGCCUGCUGCCCUCGCCAUCCUGGCUAAGCUCGUCGCCAGCUUCCCCUUCACCUACCACAGUUUCAAUGGCCUGCGACACUUGAUGUGGGACAUGGGCAAGGGUAUUACCAACAAGCAGGUCCAGGUCACCGGCUGGUCCGUCGUUGGACUGAGCGUCUUCACCAGCUUGGUUCUGGCCCUUUUGUAGAUGUCCCAUUCUCUCUCCUGGCAUGAUGUUGUUUUUGUUCUUUACCCAAGUUCUGUCUUUCUCAUGAAUAUAUUUCCUCCUGAGUUGUUCCGACAAC